CCCUCCCUCUCCACUCCCUCCGCUCGCCACGCCAUCAUCCACCACCUCCACAGUCCAUUCAUGGCCUUCUCCCCCGCCCUCCAUCUCCAUCUCCACCUCCACCAUCCGCCUCGCCUCCACCACCUCUUCCUCUCCUCCAGCCCCCUUUCCUCCUCCUCCGCUCACUACCCAUGGCUCUCCGCCUGGUCCCGGCCCCGCCGCGGCCUCGGCCCGCCCGCCCCCGCGCUCGACCUUCGCCCGGAGCCAUCCCCAACCUCCGACUCCGACGACGAGGACUCCGUAGGCACCAGCCGCCACUCCGGACGCUCCACAAUGUCUCUCAUCCUCCGCCGCCUCCAGCGCGCGGGCUACUCACCCGACUCCCAGACCGCCUCCCAGCACCCGCGGCGGGGCUCCGUGGAGGACGUCUUCCGCGCGGACGAUGGCGUGCUUCCGAACGCCCGCGGGGGGUUCGACGACGACGCCGAGUCCUCGCUCGUGGACGCGCGGUUCCCGUGGGAGCGCCCGAUGCCGCCGCCCGAGGCGGCGGCGCGAGCCGCCAGGUCGCCGGCGUGGAUGGCCGAGCUUACGCUGCCUGAACCCGAGCUUCGGCGCCUGCGCCACGCGGCGAUGAGGAUCAAGUCCAAGACCCAGGUGGGCGGCGCUGGGGUCACGCGGGAGAUCGUCGCCAAGAUCAAGGACAAGUGGAGGACAGAUGAGGUUGUCAGGGUCAAGGUCAACGGCACGCCUGCGCUUAACAUGCGCCUCUUCCACGAGAUACUCGAGAGAAAAACAGGGGGGUUGGUAAUAUGGAGGUCAGGAACUUCUGUUUCUCUAUACAGGGGAGUAGCCUAUGAUGUACCUGAGACCACUAAGGGAACAAAUAGGACUUGGCAGACUCUUGGUACUAAGUCGUCAAGUAAAGUGCCUCCUAUCCCUACCUUGCCACCUAAUGAGAAUGUAAAUGGCAUGGAAGAUAGCAAUGGAGCUUUGAUAUCUAAUGCUGAGAAAGAAGAAAUAGUUGAAUCAGUCCCGGAAAUCAUAUACGAAGAAGAAAUUGACAGGCUGUUGGAUGAGCUCGGCCCGAGAUACAGUGACUGGCCUGGAUCCAAUCCAUUGCCAGUAGAUGCAGAUCUGCUUCCUGCAACUGUUCCAGGCUACAAACCCCCUUUCAGAGUUCUGCCAUAUGGAGUACGUCGAUCUCUCAGCCGAAAGGAUACUACCAAUUUACGACGUCUUGGUCGUGGACUGCCUCCUCACUUUGCUCUCGGCCGGAGCAGACAACUCCAAGGAUUGGCAGCUGCUAUGGUGAAGUUAUGGGAGAGAAGUUCCAUUGCAAAAAUUGCUUUGAAAAGAGGAGUGCAGCUUACUACCAGUGAGAGGAUGGCUGAAGAUAUCAAAAAAUUAACAGGUGGGGUAAUGCUUUCAAGGAACAAUGACUUCGUAGUCUUCUACAGAGGGAAAGAUUUCUUGUCCACCGAACUUGCAGAUGCACUGCUGGAGAGGGAAAAAUCAAUGAAUUCCCUACUAGAUGAGGAGCAAGCGCGGCUAAAUCCAAGACUAUCUUUUGCUUCCAGCACUGAGGCAUUUGUAGAAGCCACUGUGGCUGGUACUCUUGGAGAGACUCUUGAAGCUAACUCUAAAUAUGGAAAUGAACUGGAUGAAAAUCACACGGACAAGAUGACAAGAACUGUAGAAGCUGCAAAACAUGCUGACCUUGUAAGGAAGUUAGAGUGGAAGCUUGCAAUCGCAGAGAAAAGGAUAGGAAAAGCUCAAAGAGUGCUUGGAAAAGUCGAGUUAGGCUUGAAGCCAACUGAAGAUACCAAACCACCUGAAACAAUAACAGAUGAAGAGAGGUUCAUGUUCCGGAAACUUGGUCUAAGAAUGAAGGCAUUUCUGCUCCUUGGAAGAAGAGGAGUUUUUGAUGGCACAGUCGAAAAUAUGCACUUGCACUGGAAAUACAGGGAACUGGUGAAAAUACUAGUGAAAGCAAAGUCUUUUGCAGAUGUCAAGAGGACAGCGCUGUCACUUGAAGUUGAGAGUGGGGGUGUUUUAGUUUCUGUGGACAAGGUCUCCAAAGGCUAUGCCAUUGUUGUGUUUCGUGGGAAGGACUAUAGACGACCUUCCAUGCUACGACCCAAGAAUCUUUUGUCAAAGAGAAAGGCCUUAGCUCGGUCCAUUGAGCUACAGAGAAUGGAGGGUCUCAGUCGUCACAUUGGGAAGUUAAAUAGAAGGGUGAAUCAACUGAGAUUUGAACUGGUCCAAAUUGAAAAAGUCAAGGACCAAGGAGACGAGGAGCUUUACGCCAGACUAGAUUCUGCGUAUUCGAGCGAGGAUGAAGAUGUAGAGGAUGAGGACGAUGAGUCUUAUCUCAGGAGCUUUGACAACCUGGCUGUCGGAUCCACUGCUGAGGAUGACGAUGAUUCUAGUUACGAUGAGGAUGAUGAUUCUGCUGAAGAUAAUGGUGACUACAGCCAAGAGGAUGAAGAUGUCGGCGGUGAAGAGGAUACUGAAGGUUCUGACUAUGAAGAUGACGCCGGCGAGGACGAAGACCUCGAGCCCUCUGUAAUUUCUGCUGUUAGUUUUUGCCGUGACAUGGGUUCGGAUUGUUCUGACGGUGACCUAGGAAGUAAAUCAGAGGGGAGUAGUGAUGCAGAUGACAUUAGAAACUCAUCAGCAUACAGGGAAGACCUCAUAUAGCUGGAGCUUCGUGCACAGCGAGUAAAUAACCAUUUCAUUCA